GUUUCUUUGCUGUUUGCUGAAUAUUAUUUCAGGAUUAGCUAUAUUUAUCAUUCUCUCUAUUGUAAUGUUUUCAGCAUUAAAAAAAGGGAAUAGCGGGUCAACAAUACAUUUUACAACCAUACAAGCUCAACAAGAAACUAACCUCCUAAAAAAUGAACAAAACUCCAAAUUUAACUUCAUAAUUUUCCUCUUAUAAAGGAAAACUUUCUGGUUCCUCCAUUGGAAUACCAAAGGAAAAAUGAAAAUGGCCAACAUUAUCUGUCUUGCAUCUGCUAUUUGCUUUUUGUCUCUCUUUGGCUUGGCCUAUGGCGAAGCGAAAUUUAAUGUGGAGGGCGUAGUUUACUGCGACACUUGCCGUGUUCAAUUUAUGACCAAAGUCACGACGCUAAUCGAAGGUGCGACGGUGCAUUUGGAGUGCUUUAACCGUACAGGUGAUGUGUUAACCUACACAAGUCCAGAAGCUGUGACUGACGCGGCGGGAAAAUACAGUAUUCCGGUGGAGGGAGACCAUGAAGAUGAGCUUUGCCAAGUUAUGCUUUUAAAAUCACCAAACCCUGACUGUAAUGAGAUCAACAAAGACCCUUUUGUUAGGGAAUCUGCUUCUGUUACCCUUACAAACGACAAUGGUAUUGCUGGUCCUGCUCGCGAGGCCAAUCCUCUUGGCUUCUUGAAGAAAGAAAUUCUUCCUGAGUGUCCUGAGGUCCUAAGGGAAUUGGGAAUCACCCCUUCUGGUCUUGUCCCAUGAAAAUAUUAUAUAUAU